ACCGGCAUGACAACGUAAAAGUUGUCAAGAUGGCGGAUACCUUGGAUGUGGUGGAAGAGAGCGGGUUUCUUUCAAGUUUAAUAUGGGAAAUUCUUAAAAGUCCAAUUAACAUUGCUUUGGUAGGAAUAAUCAGUUAUCUUGUAUAUAAAAUAAUAAAAAGCAGGCAAAAGGUACAUGAACCUGUGCACAUUGAACCAGAAUUACCGAAGUUAAGAAGAGAUUUUACAGUAGAAGAGUUACGGAAGUAUGAUGGAACUGGCCCAGAUGGAAGAAUUCUUGUUGCUGUGAAUGGAAACGUCUACGAUGUCACGAAAGGGAAACGUUUUUAUGGACCAGGUGGUCCAUACUCAGCAUUUGGAGGACGUGAUGCUUCCCGUGGUCUUGCUACGUUUUCUGUUGAUUCAGCAAAAGAUGAAUAUGAUGACUUGAGUGAUCUAAACACGAUGGAGAUGGAAUCUGUUAGAGAAUGGGAAAUGCAAUUCAAAGAAAAAUACGAGUAUGUUGGGCGGUUGUUGAGGCCUGGAGAGCAACCAACCAACUACGAAGAGGAGGAGGAAGAAGAUGUGCCAAAUGCUGCUCAGACAGAUACUAAACCAAAGGAUGAAUGAAUGUGCUUUUGCUACUGCAACUUUCUGUGCUGGACUGUACUGUACUGUACUGUCUUGUCGUCAUUCAACAUCCACAAGAAUGGGCAUGCCCCUUCAUUGAUUUUUCAGGAAGAAAGGGGGUUUCAGUACAGUUAUCUUACGUUUAAGGUUGCCUUACUUUUGUAUAUUUCUUAUGAGCUUACAGCUUUACAUAUAUGGAGAAAGGCCAAUUUAGCACUGAUUUAGUAUAUCCUUAUUUUUAUUGUUUAGAGUGGUUAUAUUUGAGUUUAUGGUAAUGUGUGAUCUACGGUGUGGAAAAUUGAUAAAGUAUAAUCUAUUAAAAAUUUAAUAUAUUUUCAUUAAUUAUUCCAAAAAGAACAUAUUCUAAAAUUUUAUUGUUGUCAAGAGAUAAAGAGGCUGAUUAACUCCAUUCAAAUAAGUUUUAAUGACAGUUUUCUUUAUAAGCUGUUGCAGAAUGUUGAUUUUUUUUUUUUUUUUUUUUUUUUACAAAUAUGUAGAAAAGCUAUCUCUUUAGUUCAUGUAAUUCAUACAUUUUUAAGGUGGUUAUUACUGCUGACUGUGUUAAUAUACAGUUACUAGUUGGCUGUUCAGGUACUGUUGUAAAUAUGAAUACUGAUUCCAAGUUUCGUCUUGUUUGUUGAUACUGUUGCAUUUUCUGCUUUGUCAGAUUAUAUAUCACUGUCAAAUUGUGUGUGUUUUAUUUUUCUUAUUUUUUUUUCUUCUUUUGUCUUUGGUCAAAAUUUCAUCAAAAUUUGAGUGUUUUAAGUUUCCAUUGCAGUUAAUGGUAAUAUUUCGACACCUGUGGCAUAAUUAAUCUUAAUCAAAUUGUAAUGAGACUGGAUUCUUGUGAUAGAAGUGAGAGUGACACAUGUGGUGUUUUAAGUUGUUUUACUAACUUGGUUUUGAGAAUUUUAUAUUACAUAAAUUGGAAAUAUAAUGCUUAUUACCAAAGUGAAUGAAAGCUCUCUGAAUUAAAACUUUCUGGGGGUAAAACAUUUACAGUGUUUUAUAUUGCUUUAAAUAUGAAGAAGGAAAAGAAUUUUAUUCUGAUGAAAAUUAGAAGAAACACUUGUUCCUGUCUGGCUUAAUUAUAUUCAUAUUGUUAUGUGUUCAUUGGCUCAUUCCACAUAAUGUUAAUUCUUUUGCUGAUAAAACAUUGAUUGUUACAAUUUUUACUCCAGUUUUGAUGUCCUUUGAUGAACAUCCACAUGUUCUGUACUGAGUUGCUGUUAAAUUGUUGGUAUACUUAUUUUGUAAAUUCUUGUCUGAUUUUGUUCUUUUUGCAUUGCAAUGUGGGGAACCACAGAUGUGUCUUCUGUAUAUAAAUCAUAAAAUAACAUUACUGACAGAUUUAAUUUAAUUACUUUGCCUUCCAUUGAAUGCAUUUUGUAAGUUUUUCUUCAUUGGAUUGGCCUGAUACUCAUUCCAUCAUAGCUGUAUUUUCCCAUAAAGAAAUUAAAUAUGUGUUCUAAAAAGAUGUCUGUAUAUAUAUAUAUACAUAUAAUUAUAUAUUUGUGUGUGUACUUUUCAUACAUGUUCUUAACUGAAUAGGUGGUUGUUGUGCUGUGCCAGAUGGCUGACAAAGGCAAAUAAAUUUCAGAUGUGAUGUUUUAUGAA